AAUGCUAACCCUAAACCUAAUCAUCAUGUUCUUAUAGUACUCCCGCAAAACACUACAUGCGGUGGGUGGCGCAAUAUAAGCGCUGGAAUCGAGCGCGUACGCGUCUCCCUCUGCCUCCUACAUUAUUAUUCAUCCACCAGUCAGUCACUCACAUUCUCUCUCUCUCUCUCCUCUCUUUGUUUCUUUCUCUCUCUCUACACAGCAGCAGCAGGAGCCCAGCAGCUUUUUGUGUGUAUGAAUUUUGAACUGUCGUUGAGGCUUGCCGACGGUGGUGGUGGAGCUCAAACAAACACAGCAGCAUAAAUCUUGCUUUUCUUUUCCUUUUCUAUUUUUUAAAAUUUAAUAAUAUUUAUUUGUUUGAUUUUAGUUGAAUUAAAUUCCCCCUAAUAGAAAUAAAAACGACGUCAUCGGCUGUAUUUGCCUCCUUGGCUCUCCAUUCGCGUGCCCUCCUUUUACGCUCUUUGUCAGAUUUCUCCCCUCCUCUUCGUUCGUCUCAUCCCAUCUCUCUCUCUCUCUCUCUCUACAUAUAAGUCUCGUCUCUUCUGUCCGUUUUCUUCACUUCUCUCUCUAGCCCGGGAUUUUUUUUCUCUCUCUAGGGUUGUUUUUGGAGUUUGAGCUCUCUCUCUCUCUCACCCUUUUCUCUGUCUGUUUCAAGAACACAGAAAGAUCAAGUCUUUCUCUAUUUGAUCAUCAUCCCAAUUCUCACUGUUAUCAGUCAGGCGGGGAUGCGUCGUAGACGAAGUCUGGUUCCGUCGUGCACUUAAGCAGAAAUAUACAUUAUGAGGAGUUUCGGUUUGAGGCAAUGGACAGUUAUACUUGCUCCUGGAAAUGAAGGAGAGACAACGUUGGAGUGCUGAAGAGGACGCUUUAUUAAGUGCAUAUGUGAAGCAAUAUGGACCAAGGGAGUGGAACCUUGUAUCACAGCGCAUGAACACACCCCUAGACAGGGAUGCCAAAUCUUGCUUAGAAAGGUGGAAGAAUUAUCUCAAACCUGGCAUUAAGAAAGGAUCCCUAACGGAAGAGGAGCAACGCCUUGUCAUUUGUCUUCAAGCCAAACACGGAAAUAAGUGGAAGAAAAUUGCUGCUGAAGUCCCUGGUCGUACGGCUAAGAGAUUGGGCAAGUGGUGGGAAGUGUUCAAAGAGAAGCAGCAGAGAGAACAGAAGAAUAACAAGACAGCUGACCCUAUUGUGGAGGGUAAAUACGAUAGAAUUCUUGAAACUUUUGCUGAGAAGUUAGUGAAGGAGCGUGCUGCCCCAACCUAUCUCAUGGGUACUUCAAAUGGGGCCUAUCUUCAUACCGAAACGUCAUCUCCAGCACCAACGAUUCUUCCUCCUUGGCUUUCUAAUUCCAAUGUGUCCUCCAAUGUGAGGCCACCAUCUCCUUCUGUUACCCUGAGCCUGUCCUCGGCAGUGGCACCCUCUCCUCCAAUCCCUUGGCUGCAGCAGGAUAGAGGAUCAGAUAGUAGUUUUGUUUUUGGGAAUUUGCCCCAUCAUGGGGUAGUUCCUGCUUCUGGGGAGAACUUAGUGAUAUCCGAGUUGCUGGAGUGCUCCAGAGAGUUGGAGGAAGUGCACCGUGCUUGGGCAGCGCAUAAGAAGGAAGCAUCGUGGAGGUUAAGAAGGGUGGAGUUGCAACUGGAUUCAGAGAAGGCUAGUCGGAGGAGGGAGAAGAUGGAAGAGAUUGAAACGAAGGUAAAGGCUCUAAGGGAAGAGCAAAACGCUGCUCUUGACAGGAUCGAAGCAGAAUACAGGGAACAAUUAGCAGGGCUAAGGAGAGAUGCAGAAGCGAAGGAGCAGAAGUUGGCUGACCAAUGGGCCGCAAAGCAUUCGCGUCUCUCCAAGUUUCUCGAGCAGAUGGGAGGCAGACCAAUGAUUGCUGAGCCUAAUGGUCGGUGAGAAAUAUGUGUUAUACAUGUUCAUUGUGGACGUGUAUGAUGUCCGAAUUUCUGUUUUCUGUUGUCUCUUUUCUUUCUUUUGAUCUCGUAUGUAUUCUCUUCAGAAAUGCUGUCAUAGGUGUCUAAUUGCUUAUACCGACUGCCUAUAGGCCUGGACUGAAGGACUGUAUUAUCUUUUCGCAGCUAUUACAAUUAUAUUUUUACUUGUUUCUCGAAAA